AUGUCUAAAAAUUGGACACUGGAUACCUUUACGGUGGCGACUACCACCCCAGGGGGUGAUCAAGAUGUCCUUUAUGCCAAUGGCACGAUGCAGGUGUUGGUGGUCGUGACAGUCAGCGCGGUCAAUGAUGACAACACUGCUCACAUAUUGACCGAUGAUGAGCUCAGUUCGCUCAAGCUCAUAGACUGUGAUGGUCCUCCAUCCGACCUCUCUGAUGGCUGGACUUACUCAACCACUGAGAAUCGCUACGAUCACACUAUCGGCCCCCCCACCGCGGAAGAGACGGUGGCCGUUGACCUAGACUCCCCAAAACAAUUACAACGGUACUGGGUAUCCACGGCGACGGCCGAAGCCAAAGAUAUAGGCGCCUCCAUCAAGGCGCAAGACGGCUCUGUGGUCGAUACUAGCGGCAGUGGGACCUUCAAGUCGACAGUGAACAUAACCGGCAGACCACCAGUUGAUGUCCUCUUUGAAGACUUGGAUCUUUGGCAAGACAAAAACACAGCCAACGGAGACAUAGGGUCUGGCUAUACCUAUGAUCAGGACAAUUACUACCUAACAAUCAAGAACAAUCGACAUGUCCGGUUUCUUGAUUGCACUGGCUUCGACGGUGGCUCAUCUGACCCUUACCUGUAUCGCUCUAUCACCUUCUUCUCCUCAAACAUACAUGUAUUCUCGUGCUAUAUUUGGUACUGGUGGCCCGUAGGCCCAACAUCAGAGGUGACCGCAGGCUGCCGAGAUGUUAACGUUAAAAUUACCGUCAAUCAGCAAAAGGAUGCGGCGUGCCUGACGCGCUUAUUAAUCGAUGGUCCUAAGAUAUGGAAUACACACCGCAGAUGGGAAGCCAAAUUUACUGUGUACGAUCAAUAUGGUAAUUCAUGUGUUUUUUACCCAAAAUGGGUUGAUGAUGGGAAUACUUUGCAAUUAAGCAAAGGCAAACCAGAUUACUAA